AUGUGGAAUAGGGCUACCAGCAGCAUCACGGAGACUGCCAGAGAGGUGUUGGGUAUUUUAAGAGGUUGGGCAGGAUGGCAUAAGGGGAACUGGUGGUGUAAUGAGAAAGUGAAGAAAAAAGUAGAGAUUAAGAAGGAGGCGUAUGUUAAGUUAAUUGAUAGUAAAGAUGAGGAGGAGAAAGGAGUGAAUAGAAAGGCUUACAAAGUAGCUAGGAAGGAGGCUAAAUUAGCAGUUAUGGCUGCUAAGUCGACAGUGUUCGAGAGUUUAUAUGCAGAGUUAGAGGUGAAAGACGGGGAAAAAAGGUUGUACAGAAUUGCUAAAACUAUGGAGUGGAAGGGCCAAGACCUCGAUCAAGUAAAGUACAUUAAAGGGAAGGAUGGUAGUGUUUUGGUAGAGGGGGGAGAUAGAGGCAUUAUGUUGGGGGGGCUGGAGCACUCGGAAGAAAGUCAUGAUUUCAGAUACUGUAGGCGUUUUAAGGUUAAAAAGGUCAAAGAGGCUAUUCAUAUGAUGCAUAGGGGUAGGGCGACGGGGCCCAAUAAAAUUUCGAUGGAUUUUUGGAAGUAUGCAGUUGAGGCCGAUUUAAGCUCCCUUUUUAGGGAGCUGAGGGAGUCAAAAAUCCACCACGUCUACCAGCAGGAAAAUGUUAUGGCGGAUAGGCUAGAGUCGUUUGUAACAUUUCAAGCCAGUAAUAGGGAAUACUGUUAG